ACCAAAACAUUUAAUUUCUUCAAACCACUACAUUUUUUUUUGAAGCUAUAUAGUAUAUUCUUUAUUUUCGUCAAACAGCUCAAGAACCUCUCGCAAUUUAAAAAGCCCUAUUCGCUCGUGUCGCAAUCUCGAUUCGUCCAUCGUUUUUCUUGGCUGACGCUGGUCCUAGGGCUUUCUUUUUUCUUUCCAAUUGUUCCAAAUCAAAUCCCCCGAUUCUUCCUAUUUUUGUUGGCAUUUUCAUAUUUCGGAUUCUAGGGUUUAAAGUGCUGACUUUGAUUACUACUUUUUCUUUGAGAAUUGGAUUGAUUAAACCUUUUGGGAGUUCAAUUGUUUGAUUUCCGGUGCAUGGUACAUGCACAACUUUUGUAUUUGAAGUGGGAUGAAUAGUGUGUUCAGCGAACAGAUACUUGCAGACAAGCUAUCGAAGCUUAACAGCACACAGCAGUGUAUUGAAACAUUGUCUCAUUGGUGUAUAUUUCACCGAAGCAAAGCAGAAGUUGUUGUUAAGACAUGGGAGAAACUGCUUCAGAGUUCUGAAGUGGCUCAGAAGGUCCUCCCAGGAGCUCUCAAAGAUCUUAUUGAAAAAGCCGAUGAUCAUGGAAGACAAGUUGUCAACAGAUUGGUUGAUAUUUGGGAACAAAGGAAAGUGUUUGGAUCUCAUGCAAAGAACAUAAAAGAUGUCUUGCUUGGAAUUGAAUCGCCUCAACCCCUUGAGUUCACCAAAAAACGUCCUCGCUCUGUUAAAAUUGUUAAGAGAGAUUCAAGAUCCAUAAGAACGAAAUUGACGAUUGGAAGUACAUCAGAGAGAAUUGUCUCAGCUUUUCAUUUAGUUGUCAGUGAACACCAUGGCGAAGACGAAGAAAUGAAUAAAUGCAAAUCUUCUGUUCACCGUGUUAAGAACUUGGAAAAAGAUAUUGAUUCGGCGUUAACGAAUGCAAAGGAUCCAAAGAGGAAGACUUUGUCUAAAGAAUUGGAAGAAGAAGAAAAUCUUUUGAAGCAGUGCAUUGAGAAACUUAAAGUUGUUGAAGCAAAUAGAUUAGCCCUUGUUUCUCAGUUGCGUGAUGCACUCAAUGAUCAGGAAUCCGAGUUGGAGAAUGUUCGCACUCAAAUGCAGGUGGCACAAGCACAGACACAGGAAGCGGAAGCUAUGCGGAAGCGGCUAGAUGAUAUAAACUAUGUGGCGGAAACAAAACAAACCACCGCCACACCGCCAACAUCUUCCACCGCCACCACCACUCCACCGCCACCUGCUGCUGCGGGAUCUAAAAAGUCCGCCGCUGAUAUAGCUGCGGAAGUUGCUGACCGCCUUGCUGCCUCCACCUCCUCCCAAUACAUCAUGUCAUCUGUCCUUUCUUCAUUUGCAGCCGAACUUACAAACAACAAUUCCGUUUCACAACCAGAAUCACCACCACUUCCCUCCGAUCACAACCACUUUAUGCCGCCACAAAUGGCGGCAAGCACCCCAUACCAAGCGGUUUUAAUACCCUCCCAACCUCAAUACCAUACACAACAAUAUCUCCAACCCUCCAGUGGGAUUGUGACAUCCUAUACAUAUAGUGGUGGCCCUCCGCCGCCACCACCACCACCGGCUUAUAUGAUGAGUCCGAUGCUUCCUAUGCAGAUGACCCACCAGCAGCCGAUGCCGCCUCAGCAACCGCCAGCUUUCCGGCCACUUCCUCCGUUUUAUGCACACCCUCAUCAAUCCCAGUGAUGGAUGUGAUUUUUGAUGAUUAUUUGUGGGUUUGUUGAGAAAAUAUUGAUUUGGUGGAAGGUAGUUUUUUUUUUUUUGGUUAUGAUUGUUAGGACUAGGAUGACGUGGCGAUGUUGGCACCUGAUUUGGUUGUUGUUAUAGUGUGUUUGUCUUGUUUUUUUAGUCGGGAUUGAGGUAUAAGUAUACUGUACAUUUGGUGGUUAAAAGGCAGCUUACAAUUUUGUAUCCAAAUAUUUUUCAUGUCUCUGGGUACACACAAAGGGCUACAUCCUCAACCCCAAGAGGUUUCCUU